AAAUAUAGUCAAAACUAUUCAUUUAUGUACAAAGCGGGGAAAGCAGUUAGUUUUUGAAGUAAUUAUCUUCGAAUUAUUGUUUUUCGCGCAGAAGUUUAGGUUUCUUGAGUUUUAAAUAUUUAGAAAAAAAGGAGAGAUCGUAGGAAAGGUGUUCGUUGCACUGUUGACACAGACGGCCUGGAGAGUACGCUUGUUCUUGGAUGUGCGACAACUCUUGAAAUUCAGGAACCGAAAAAAAAAACACGUCUUAAUCAGAAACGUUUCGUUUAUCAACAAGACAGAUUUAUAGAAUUGUCCGACGUCGUUCAAGCUUGAUGUUGAAUUGUUUUCCUUUUAGUUUUAUCAAUGUUUGCAUAAACGUGAAAGUUUAUAGCUCGUUAUUCACCUGUGUGCAAGCAAGUUAUAUUCGUGCAACGUCAUUGUAUUUUAAGUGUGGAAACGUUCAUUCGAUUUUUGCCGCGCUGAAAUCGCAGUUCAACACCUAUAUAAUUACUUUUGAGCUAGAAACAAGUUUUUGAUUCAUGAGGUCUGCAAAUUGAACUGUUUUAAAAGUAUUCCAUGGAAGAAAAAAUCGAUGGCUGUAUUUGUUAAGAAGAUGAGGAAGCAACAUGGAGAAUAUGGUGUUAUUACUGCUCUUAUCUUGUUAACUAGUUGGUCUUUUUCGACGUUAGUUAUCGCAAGCCCUUCAUAUUUUACAAGUAUAAAWGUUGGACUGAUUUUUGAAGAACCGUCGCCAUUAAGUCUGCCUACGUAUUUUUUAAGUCUAAUCUCAAAACUUAAUAAUGAAUCACUUGAGACACACUAUGGAUUCAAUGGAAGCGUCUUAAAAUGGGACACUCGAAAACCACCGCUAUCGAACAUCAAAAUUAUCAAAGACGAAAUACUUGAAAGAAAUAUCAGCGUGGUGUAUAGUUUUCUGGAUUGUAAAAGCAAUAAAUUGUUUGGGUUUUUAAUGAGAGGAUCCAAUGUGCCAAUUGUCGUCGUUUGGAGUCAAGAUUCUCAAUGGAUGAGCGAAAGUACGAACGAAAGUCUUAUUUUAUCCAUGGCUCCCUCCAAACAACUACAAGCAAUGGUCAUCAAAAACUUGAUACUCGAGUUCGACCAAAGUCGUUUCACUUGCAUCACAACUAGCUCAAAUAAAAACGAUCCAUUUUGGACGUGGCUCUUUGAAUAUGUCGUCAACGACCAUAGAAAUGUCACCCAAUCCUUCCCAAGAUGCCUCAUUCUGGAAAAGGACCGUGUUAUUUCUCAACUUCAUCGUACAUUAUCAGCUGUUCGCGCCAGUGGUGUGCGAAUCAUUGUUAUUAAUGCCGAUGCAUCUCAAACGAACGGUAUACUUGAGAUAGCACAGAAACUGAGUCUUAGUAACAAUGGUGAGAAAGCCGUUUGGAUAUUAACUGAUAUCGCUUUAAAAACAAAUGCUUUGUACGUACCUGAAGGAUCUUUAGGUAUUGCCAAGGCUUUUGACGAAACGUUGGCUACACGCGGAGUCAGCGAAGCAGAUAUUUUAUUCAAAUUAUUGCUGUACGAUGCCUUGAAAGUUUUGAGUAACUCUCUAUCGAGAAUACUGGCAAAAAGGCCGGACUUUUUACUGAAAAAUGAAGGGAAUGGUUUGACGGUUUCUUCAAGAAACGAACUUUACAGAGAGAUGCUCAGAUGUAGUUUUGUUGGCAAAACCGGUUUGGUAGAAUUCUCUUCAUUAGGCCACAGACAAAGYUACGACUUUGUAAUAACAAAAUUGACAACUUCUCACCUAUACCAUGGGACGAAACAGUGGAACAAGCUCGGCACUGCAUCGGUGCAUCUUCGGAACACUGACGGACCAAGAGCCUUYGAGGCCUUCCUAGUGGAUGAUUUACCAAAACCUCGACAUCUCAAAAUAGUGACCAUAAUUCAUCCACCUUUCACGAUGAUCAAAGAAUCUCAACACAGUAGUAUACUGGGUACGAGUUGUGCUUCAGACAAUAGCGUCAUUUGUAUUAAAUACGUCAAUAACACGUCAUCGGAKUUUCACAAUAAUCCUCAAGAAAAAACUGAGUUACAUUGUUGCUAUGGAGUCAUGAUUGACAUAUUGUUUAUGAUACAAAAAGAGACCGGGUUUACGUUUGACUUGUAUAUUGUACGCGACGGGAAAUAUGGCUCUCUUGACAAAAGCACCAAUCAAAUGAAUGGGAUGAUUGGUGAAGUUGCUAGGGGUGAAGCAGACAUGGCCUUAGCAACCGUUACUAUUACCCACGAAAGAUACAAAUAUGUAGAUUUCACUGCUCCAUACAUGGGAACAUCAUUAGCAUUUUUAGUCAARAGAGAGCGCAUUAAGAAGUAUCCCUUUCCUGAGUCCCUGAAGGAUAUGAGACUAAUGAAGCCGUUUAGUGUCUUGUUAUGGCUCGCUUGUGUCGGAACCUUUCUCACAGUUGCCACCGUCGUUUGGCUGUUUGAGAAGAUCAGUGUCUACCGUCAUAUUAAGUCUGAACAUUUUCUUCCAUUUGAGUACCUGGCAUAUGUCUUUGGUAACAUCUUCCAUGUCCCUCUAACGCGAAUUGAAGCGAAAACGUUCGCUGUGCCUUGUCUUAUGGUUUGUGCUAAUUUUGGCGCKUUGGUUUUGAUUAGUUCAUAUACUGCUAAUUUACUAGUAUCACUGAUUGUAGUUGAUGAAGUGUCUUUAGUUAAAGGUGUGGAGGACGAAAAGCUUCGCAACCCGCCAGAUGACUUYACAUUUGGAACAAUAAAACAUUCAAGUACUGAGGACUUUUUUCGGAAUAGUGAAAUCCCAAAGUUUAGAGAAAUAUUCAAAAACAUGGAGAAAUACGCAGUGAAUAAUUUUUCUGAAGGCGUCGAGAGAGUUCGUACCGGGACAUUAUCAGCAUUCAUCGGGGAAUCUGACGCCCUCCAGUACGAGAUAGCCGAAGAUCCCAAAUGUAGUAUAAAAAUUGAUGGCAAGGAAUUAGAGCUCUCUGGACUUUCAUUCGCUCUGAGGAAAAACUCUGAUUGGAAUCAAGAAAUUUCUAAAGCAAUUUAUAAAUUAAAUAUGAAGGAAGAGAUUGUUCAGGCAUUUCAACGUUGGACGACGCAGAGCUGUAAGAAAGGCGAGAAUAAUAUCGAGCCGUUUGGAAUGGGUUUUGACGAGUUUGGGGGAUUUUUGUUCAACACUGCCCUGUGUUGCUUCGGCUGUUUUGGUAUUAUGGGGCUGGAAAUCUUUUUUUACCGACGUCUCUCAAGAAAUCGAAAAAAAUUCCAGAUCAAGUGGCAGUCGAAGCCCACUGCGACGCUAAUAAAUUCUAUGUCUUUGGAAACGCUUACGAUUAACUCACUUGACUAUGAUUCAAAUAGGAAGAAAUCGAAUGGACAACAAAAUGGGCUGUCUGUGCUGGAGGAAAUGAAGAAGGUGGAUGCAGUGAAUGGGUCUACUGCAAAUAUUCUAGAUGAUUUGUAAAUAAAUAUGAAGUGUGGUCGUGUUUAAUUCAAGUAGGACAUGUAAAUGUGUCGGGGAAGACUGAAGGGAGAUGAGAAAAUCAUCAAUGACUGAGAACCAGUCGGGCUUCCUGUGUUGGCAWCAGAGAAAAGACUGGAAUCGGGAGAAAUACAAAGAACAGCAUGCAUAGCUCAAGGAAUUUUUGAGAGUAUUUAUUUAUUU